CAUCAGUAAAACCUGAAAAAAAAUGGACAAAAACAGAGGAGGAAUUAGAAAAGAAAAAAAACUGAAGAAAAUGCCAUAAUCUGGGGGUAUCUGAAUAGUGACCUAUGGAUUCUGAACAAGAGAGGCUGACAAUGAAAUCUAAUGACUGUAACUCAGAAACUAUUGGUAACAUCAGCAAGCUCCAGCCUGUAGUGAAUGGAGAAAAAACCUACCAACUGGAUCAAUGGGAACAAGCGACACCACCCACUUCACAGAGUCCCAGCCCAAAUCCAAAUCAGAGCGGAACAGACAGUACUGCAGAUUCUGACAUGGAGAUUAUAUCUAAUGAAAUCAAACAAAGAAGAAAACAUGCAGAUGGAAGGCCGAAGGGCAAACCGAGGUGUCAAGGUGGCUGUGAAGAGGCAAAACGACGAGGAGUAUCAGGUUGGGAAAGCAGUCUCAGACAAAGGCCAGCACCACGUAUAAUUUUCCAGGCAGGAAUUUCCUUUCGCCACAAAAAAAAGAAAGAAGAUAAUAAUAUGAAACCCAAAAAGGACAUGAACAGUUCAUUGCUCCAGAAGACCAGGCGAACCCCUUCUGAGGCUUUCAUAACAGAAAGUCCUGUCAUUGACCUCACUGCGGAGCCCCUGGAGAGCAAUAAGAUACCUUUAAAUCAGGCAGAAGACUAUGUUUGUGAAAAUAAUAUUGUGAAGGCUACAGAAGAAACCCCUCAGUACCAGGAUGGUAAAGGUUAUGGCAUUGGGGAGCUGGUAUGGGGGAAGAUCAAGGGAUUCUCAUGGUGGCCUGCAAUAGUGGUUUCCUGGCGUACACCUGGAAGAAGGCAAGCUGCAUCAGGAAUGAGAUGGCUUCAGUGGUUUGGAGAUGGCAAGUUCUCAGAGGUUUCUGCCGACAAACUUGUGCCUUUAACUGCUAUUGGUCAAUAUUUUCACACUUCUGCGUUUAACAAGCUGAUCUCUUACAAAAGGGCUGUGUUCCAGGCUUUGGAGAUUGCUAGUAGCAGAUCUGGAAUGCCAUUCCCCUCCAAUGACCGGGGCACCUUGGAGGAACAAAUUAAGCCAAUGCUUGACUGGGCAUUUGGUGGUUUUCAACCAAAGGGUUAUGAAGGAAUUAAGCCCAAACAAAACACAGAAAACGACACUGCAGGUGAAAAUCCCGUAGAGGUGUACGUGCCGGAGUACUAUCCUCCCACAAAAAAGCAGAAAACGAGCUUUUAUAAAAGCAAAGAAGGAACAGAAGAGGAACACCGGGGGAGAGAAAAAAUUUUCUUUCAAGUUACAUCAAACAAUAAAAGCAUUGAAGAAUUUUGUCUUGCCUGUGGAAGCAUAAGAGUCAGCACUUUCCAUCCACUGUUUGAAGGUGGUCUGUGUCCUAUUUGCAAGGAUAUCUACCUGGAGACAUCAUAUAUGUAUGACGAUGAUGGCUACCAAUCAUACUGUACUGUGUGCUGUGGUGGGCGAGAGGUGUUGCUCUGUGGGAAUGCAAACUGCUGCAGAUGUUUUUGUGUGGACUGCAUAGAUAUCCUCGUGGGUCCAGGCGCAUCCGAAGAAGCCAAGGUACAAGACCCUUGGAGAUGUUACAUGUGCCUUCCAUAUGAAAACUAUGGAGUCCUGAGAAGGCGCAGAGACUGGACCAUGAAACUCCAAGAAUUUUUUGCCAGCGACAAUGGUCAAGAAUAUGAUCCACCUAAAAUUUACCCAGCGGUACCUGCUGAGCACAGAAGGCCAAUCAAAGUCCUGUCACUCUUUGAUGGGAUAGCGACAGGGUAUUUGGUUUUAAGGGACCUGGGAUUUAAAGUAGAGAGAUAUAUUGCAUCUGAAAUAUGUGAAGACUCAAUUGCAGUAGGAACUGUCCGGCAUGAAGGAAAAAUCACAUACGUACAUGAUGUCAGGAACAUCAGCAGGCAAAACAUUCAUGAGUGGGGUCCGUUUGAUUUGGUGAUUGGAGGAAGCCCAUGCAAUGAUCUUUCUAUUGUAAACCCUGCAAGAAAGGGUUUAUAUGAGGGCACAGGAAGACUCUUCUUUGAAUUCUACCGACUACUUCAUGACACCAAACCAAAGGAGUGGGAAGACAGGCCUUUCUUCUGGUUAUUUGAAAAUGUUGUUGCCAUGGGUGUCAAUGAUAAAAGGGACAUUUCACGUUUCUUGGAGUGUAACCCAGUUAUGAUCGAUGCAAUAGACGUAUCAGCUGCACACAGAGCUCGCUAUUUUUGGGGAAACUUACCUGGAAUGAACAGGCCCCUGGUUGCUUCUUCAGCAGAUAAACUGGAACUCCAGGACUGCCUUGAGCAUGGUAGGAUAGCAAAGUUUAGCAAAGUUAGGACCAUAACGACCAGGUCGAACUCCAUCAAGCAGGGCAAGGAUCAGCAUUUCCCAGUUAUCAUGAAUGGGAAGGAGGAUAUUCUGUGGUGCACAGAACUGGAGAGGAUUUUUGGUUUUCCAGUGCAUUACACAGAUGUGUCAAAUAUGGGACGAGGAGCCCGACAAAAACUUCUUGGAAGGUCGUGGAGUGUGCCUGUCAUUCGCCACCUAUUUGCACCGCUGAAGGAUUACUUUGCCUGUGAAUAACACAGUACAACAUGUGCCUUUCAGGAAUAUAAAGGUGCUUUCUUAGAAGAUGAUCAACAAUAAAACCAAUUCAGACUAGUUUUAACGUAUUAGUAUACUGUGACACAAGAAAUUUGAAUGGCAUUAUUGUGAAGGUUGCAUGUUGUACAUUUAUAAUACUGUGGCCAUUAUUCACAGUCACAACUCAGGACAGGGUAGGUAGCAAACACACCUACCAUAGUUGUUUUAGCUUUUGUAAUCUCAUCUUUUAUAUGAAAACAGAAUUCCUACUUUUAGCUGUAGUUUUAUUACUGUAGUGUGAAGAUUAUACUUCACAGUUUUCUAGUGUACUUUAUAGUCACUCAUUUUAUGGGAUUUUAAGGGCUUUUAACUCUUAAUGGUGCUAUUAUCCACCUUUUAGAUUUUCAACUUUUUAAAACCUAAAAUAGUAUUUUAUUGUUAUAUGUAUCCGUAGCUGGGUUUUGAUAGAUGAAUAGUAAAUCAUAAAACUGUUGAUAAAAAAUAAACAUAGUGCAGUUAAAACUAUUGUUCAAAAAUGUUGAAGUUGAUGUUCUGUUUAAACAGUAUUCCAGUAUAUAGUUACUUACAUUUCAGCAAUGUGUAUUUUCUUUCUGUAACCUGUUUAUAAAUGUAGUCGGUAAAUAAUCAUGAUAUGUUUAAUUUGUUUAUGUUUUGUACUUUAGCGAGGGCUGCAAAUGUGUAAAUGAGCAAAAAAAAUAUAAAGAUGGAAAACUGUAUAAGUUUAAAUCAAGGCAGCAUAUGGAGAAUGUACUGCUAAAACUUGGCUGUCACUUUUCAUCACAACCAUUAAUACUCAGUCAAAUUUACAGUCGGAGAGAUAGUUCAUACAUUUUAUUGGUAAAGCGAUAGUCUUGUUGCUGCUCCAUAUGCACCUUUAAAAAUGUUUGAGCUGACAGGACUGUGAUUAUACUAAGGUUGUAGCAAGGUAGUGCUUAAGGAUUCUUUUAAAAAUUCAAUGAGAACAAGUAAAAUACAAUUUUACCAUUAAAAUAUAGAUUUUAUAUUUUAAAAACAUUACUGUAAGAUUUUCCUACCUUUUCUUUUACGGUGCUCAGAGUUGUUCAAGGGACUUGCUCCCUAGUUUCAGACAGUGCUGCUGUUGAACUAUCUGCUAAGGUAGAUUUUUACUGUCCAGUUUCUUUCCUCCUCUGGUUGAGAAGCACCAGGGCUUUGCUCCAUUCCUCCUACUAACAACAUGCCAAGGUAAUUAACUCAUAAUGUUGGAGCCUGGAUCAUUUUACAACUUGGGAACCAAGGAUCAAUUUGGAGCAUUUCCAGGAUUGGUUACAGAUUUAAGGUUAAAUAAAAAAGACCAUUUUCAGGGAAAAGAUCCUUUCACUCCGAACCAACAAUUUGUAUUAAUUCCAACAUUAAAAGCACAUUUAUGGCACAUUUCCAGCAGCACCAGUGUAAAAUUUUAACUUCCCACCUCUGUGUGUAAGGCUUCAAGUUUAAUGCCAAUUUAUACCUUAUUGUGGGCAACUUUGUGCUGUGGAUUCUACUUUAGCCACAAAGUAUUAUUCAGAGCUGCCAUUGAAAGAAAAAUCAGCAAUCUACUUUGAAUAUGAUGAUAUUUCAUCUUGACUGGGAUUAAGCUUUGUAUGUUAAGUGGUCAAAUUUAGCAUUAACCAAGCAAUUAGCACAGGCCUCUAAUGUGCAAUUUAAUCCAGAUUGUAAAGUAGUUCCAUUAAUUUUUACGGUUCACUUUUACAAACAUCUAACAACCGCCAUUACAUUUAGUAAAUGAAAAUCCAGCAUAUUAAAAGAGAAUUUAAACUGCAAAUUAUUCUCUCAUAGCAACCACAAAUAGGUACUGAAAGAACUCUAAAGAUCCCUGAUGUUUUCAGUGAAUUUAUCCAGGGAGUACCUUAGCCAUGCUGACCUGGAAGGUCCCAAAUUAAAUCUUUGGUACUGAAUUUGUUUGUAUGCAGUGAUAGUUAGCCACAGGACCCCUGGGUUAGUGAUGGAAAAGUUGGCCAGGAUUCCUAUUCCUGAUCACUUUGCAGUGAUUCCUGCAUGUGUGUGCAAGUUGAGUGAGGACAGGAUCAGGCUCUGCUGUGAUCCCCACCUCUAUUCAGGGCCAAAUUGCCUGCCAACACUCAUUGCUAAGCCUCAUUUGGACAAGGUACUAUGGAACCAUACCUCAGAAAGGAAUCAACAAUACAUAUAAGGCUGGGAGAAAAUUGCCAACUGGAAAAACUACCAAAAAAUCACUUUGUACACAGAUGCUUCUGUUAACACUUUGAGUACUGGAUUUUAACCCUUCAAAACAAUCACAGGAUAUUAUUGCUGUUGUGGGAAAUGAUUACAUUUGUGUUGGUGAUACGUAGAUACUGGGAUUUCUGCCUUGAAUGGCAUCCAUUGAAAUUUUCUCUCCUGCCAUCAGCAAACUUUUGCAGAACCAAAGGUUGUGCUGAACCAAAACAAAGUGGUACAAUGAGCAUCUAAAUCAUGGUACCAGUGAUAGGCAGUAAAGUUAACUGGAAAUAAGAUCAUUGCCUGGCCUGAAGUGUGUUCAAACAACAGUAUUGAGUUAGUUUAUCUUAGAUUGGAUAGCUGUAAGACAUUACAAUUAAUCACAGGAUCCCUGGGUUAGGGAGAAGAAAGUCAACCAGAGUUCCCUGUUCCUGAAUCAUUUUAGAAACAGGUAUCAAUGUUGAGUGAGACCAGGACUGGUCUCAGCUAUGUUGGAAAAGAGGUCCCUGACCACUUAGGCAAAAUCUUAAGCAUCAGACUCCUAACCCCGUUGGGAUGAAUGUGCAUAUCAAAAUUAAAGGGCUUUUUUUAACAAUGUAAUCAAUAGCAACAUCUGUUUUUACAGCAUCCACAUAUAACAUUCAGAGGAACUCAUAAAUUGAAUAUAUUAUAUUUUUUAAAAAUAUUAUUGGUUAGGAUCUGCAUUUUACCUUUUUAAAUCCCAUUUGAAAAGUAUUAAUAUAUUGCACAAAGAAUUGCUCAGGUGGUGGAAAUCUUUCUAGUUGUGUAUUUAUCCUGUGACAAUUUGGACUAUCUUGUUCCAGAGUUAAAGGCCAUGAGUGGUAUUUACAAUGUGCAAACCACACAUUUUUAAAAAUCUGCUUAAAAAUGCACAGAAAUAACUCCAUUACUUUAAUAGAAUACUAGCUGAACCCUUUACUAAAGGCCUGUGGGACAAGCAAUGUUUAUUAUCAAACUGCGUCUAACUGGACAUUUUUGAAUUCUAUCAGCAAGGUAUUUAUCUCAGUCAGAAGACAGAGUUUCAAGCAUUUGUUCUUUUUCCUUUAUAUGUUCCUUUAACAAAAUCAAUCACUAGUUGGUAAGCAGGUUAAGCAAGAAUGAACACACAGCAUUAGCCUGUGAUGAGCUGUCACCACUAAAUUAUUCCCAAUUCUGAAAACUCUUUUGAGUUAUCCCUUCAUGGAGCUUAGAGCACUUUUGCAUUGUUAUAAACAGUUGAAUAUUUCCAUGACAUUUUUAAGUGAUCCACAUUAGCAUCUACAAAAAUCAUUUUUUAAAAUGUAAACACAUGCAAAGUUAGUGUACAUUCUAUUUAAAGAGAUGUUGCAGAAAUAAUGUGACUAUAUUUUAAAACAGAUCACCAUUGUGUUCUUAAUGUUGAUGAAACUGAGAAUCACCAGUUAUUACAACUCCUAAAAUGGUGACAUUAGUGUGUACAUUUUAAAGCAUAAACUAUAUAAAAAGAUCAGUGGAAUUCCACAGUACUUGAACUUAUCUCUCCAUUCUGUUGAUUUCAGGUCAAUACUGUUUACAAUAUAUAACAUUUAUAAUGUGGUGCAGCUACUGUACAUGGAAUCAUUUCUAUUUCAUGGUUUCUUUCAAAUGAGCCAUCUUACAAAAAUGUAGUGAUGACCCACAUAAAAACACUUGUGAUUGUGAUUACUUUAUAUUAAGAUCUUCAUGGGUUUUUGUUUUAAACAUAUACAAAAAAGUUCCAUUGUGAAAAUGUGUGAGUAUGAAAAUGUUGUUUUGGCAUGCAUCACUAUCAUUUUAUAUAUGGCAAAGGGGAUUUAACAGUAUCUCUUGUAUUUGAGCUUAAAGAGAUACAAAUUGUAGCAUUGCUUGUCUGUUUACAAUAAAUGAUUUUCCCCUUUUGUUA